UCUCCUCUUCCUUGUCUCCCUCACAGUUAGUAAAUCAGACACAGAGCUAAAGAUGGCCUUCAUGUAUGCAUCCCUCCUGGCUCUGCUCACUGUGCUCCUUGCACUCUCCUUGACUCCAGAGGCCGACGCUGCAGCUGUGCCCAGCAGCACGGCCAGCGCUAAAGAUCCACAAGGUCCACCAAAGAAGAUUUUCAUGAAGGAGUCGGAUGCCUCACACUUCUUCAGAAAACGCAGCAGGCGAGGCGCGAAGUCUCAGGAUGAGAUAAACGCUGAGCAGAGGCUGGUUUUGGCCGCAGACGAACGCAAAAGAGAGUUUCACGAGGAGAAGAGGAACGAGUUAGAGAGCUACUCCGAGGAGGACCAGGACGAACAAAAUGAAAGGAGCAGAACGAGCACCGAGCAGUGGAGGGAAUUUCACUACGAUGGGAUGGAUCCUCCGCAUGAGUACAACCGUCACUCCGUCUGAGUCUGAGAGACAGCGAGAGCGAGAGAGAGAGAGAGAGAGAGAGAGAGAGAGAGAGAGAAUACAUGUGAUGUGACAUGACUUCAAAGAAACAUCUUGAGCUUCACGGCCAAGCUUUUCACCACAGUUGCCGGCAGUCGCUUAGUCAAGAUAUUAAGAUGUUUUUAACUCAUUUUUAACCCUUUUGUUGCUGAUGCUGGCUUUUCAUCUUCAUGACAGGCCAGACUGUUUAUGAUAUAAAAAAACACUCUCUUCAAAUUGACUAAAACCCUCUUUA